AAUUAUGUCUUUUGCAUUCACCAACGAAACAAUGGUUGGCUCAGAUCUAGAGAGUGGCAUUCGCGCCCUCUGCCACAAUUCCCUCUUUUCAUUCACUCCACAACCCUUGUACUCCCUUCCUUUCUUUUCCUUCAGCUAUAUCUUUCCCAUGCAACUGUCUCAACUCCAUCGAACUCCACUCAUCGCCAUCUAUCCCUCACUCACUCACUUUCGACUCAUGACACCCUACAAACACAACAUCUAGAAGAGGAAAUCACCAUAAUUUUUGCGACUUUGAUGUCAUCACGCCAUCCACCUCAACCACCCGGAGCAUUCCCAGAAGACAGCGAGUUUGAAGAUAGUGUGCAAGUUUCCAUCUCGGAGAAGGAUUCGGAAACGGGCCCUGUAGAUCCAUCAAUGAGUAGACUGCAAAGCAAGUACAAUUAUGAGCGAUCACUACAGCGCGAGUAUCCUUUAAGCUCUUGUUCAACAAGAGUCUGGUUGGAGGAGGACUACUACUAUGAUGGCGGUACAGAUGGGGAUGAAGAGGAUAGGCAAUUGGAGUCUGACAAGAGGAAAACGCAAAUCACUGACGAAAGCCAGCCUCUUCGAACGAGCAGAACAAGUAGAACGUGCUAUGAUUCACGAACUAGUGGCGGUGGAAAUUCCCCCGUCACAAUUGAGACCAUUCUAGGCGACGGUUCAAGUGCAUUUGGGACGGAGGAAUCAGAGGCUUUGAGGAAAUCUCCGCCUGGUAGUAAAACCCAUCCGCGAUAUACUCGAAUUCAAUCCAGUGGACGAUUUGCCACGCCCGACCCUCUAAAACAGUAUAUGAGUGGAGCAAUAUAUCUUGAUAGUGGAGACGAAGCAGAAUUUGCGCACAGCUCAGCAUACAACUCUGCGACUACAAGCCGAAGAGGAUGGGUUCCCAGCAUCUUGCCCAGAAGCAGAAGCCACAAGCCAGGUUCAUUCUCGAGCGAGGAAGAAUCUGGUACGGAGACGGGUCCUUUCGUACAAUUUGAUGUUGAAAAUAGUGACGACGAAAGUCCUUUCCUGCCUCCUUCACGGGUCCAAGACCCAUAUCCUGUUAGAAGUACCACGAUAGAGACAGACGACCCCUCUGCCACCCGCCAGUCUGUAUUCAGAAGCUGGUUAAACAAACUCACUUCCUUCUUAUCAAGAAAUGCCGCGACUCCUACUCGUCAUACUCCCACCAUUACUACUACUCCUACUACUACAGUUCCUCCCCAAACGACUGCCCAAGUACUUCCCGACUUUACCACCACAACCACGACCGCCCCAGUGAGAAAGCCUAUCUGGGAGAUACUUGAUGGCGAAAAUGUGAACUUGACGGAACGGGGUUGGCAAUCAGUCAUCCAGCGAACCAUGGGCAGCCGGCACCCUUCUUUACAAAACUCAUUUGGCGGUACGAACCACCCAGGACCGAGUUUCUACCCUAAUUUUUCGCAAAAUCAACCUCCUUGGGACGCAACGAAUCCUUCCCAGUUCAGUCAAAGGGACCAACCUACUAUGGAAAACCUGAUUAGGUAUCACAUGAUGAUGCAAAUGCGUCAAGACGAUGGGGAUUAUGAAACGGAAGAUGGUCUAGGGUUUAGGUCGGGUAUGCGAUACGUCCCGAGCUCAGUUUUUACUCACCCUUCCGUCGCUAGUAAUGGGUUGGGAGGUAGUAGAAGGAUCGUCCGCUUACCAGAUGGACGAUAUGGUCCAUCAGCCUUUGGUCAAUUUACUGAAUCGAGUCAGGUACAGCCAACUUUCAUGCACAACGCAGCUCAGCAGCCUAACAAUACUUUCUGACAAACUAGUUAGCCAGGAGGGAUGGAUCCAAAUAGAUUGGCAUUCCUCAGAUAUCUCGCAAGUCAGGCUCAAGGAACAGGCAGGGGUCGAUCAACCCAUACUUUUAGAUUGCCUGUCGUCUUCUAAUGAUUCAACGUGGUACUGAAGAUGUUGAUUAAUAGUCAUGAAAUCUGCUUUCCUUCGUAUAGCUGCAGUUACCACGCGAUGCAUCACCCCGUGUUGC